AAGCCCGAACUGCUUCGACAAUAACAUAUGGCGAGGACUCGUGAAACACAGGCAGGGCUGCAAAGGAAUGUUGCGCAUGCGCCUUUCGGGUACACAUAAGUUAUCUACUCCAGCGCGCAUGUGCGGAAGGAUACGCGGCGGCCUUGUCAUUAACGCCUUAGCUUGAAGAGACGCAGGUGCGCUCCUUUAGGCUUACUCCAUAAUGUGAGCGUUACUCCAUGUCUGCCUCUCCAUUUAUAACUAUUGGAUAAAUGGGAUUAGUCUCCAUAUGAAAGACACAUAGUCAGUAUGUCUGGAAAGGUGGAGGAUGAUGAGCCGCUCUUGUUCACAUUAGAAGAAAAUGGAGGGUGCGCUACUCUUCCGGAGGUGGAUAGUAACAGUGAUGUGGCAUUAGCUUCCCUAUCAGCCACAGAGGAGUAUGACUACCACGCAGAAAGCAUGGAGCAAGUUCAUGUUCCUGUGGAUGCAGACAUCAGCUGGGAGAUGCGUUAUCAAGAAGCUGCUAUCUACCUCCAGGAGGGGAAGAAUAAUGACAAGUUUUACACACAUCCACGGGACCCAAAGUCCUUUGCUGCUUACCUUUUUACUCACAACCACUUAUUCUACAUGCUGGAACUUAGUACCGGGCUUCUGUUGCUGCUUCUUUCCCUGUGUGAGGCCCCAGCUGUUCCCUUUCUUCGCCUUGACAUCUAUGUUCAUGCCACGCUUGAACUACUGGCCCUGGCACUGGUUGUUUUUGAACUUGGCAUGAAGAUGAGAUGGCUUGGUUGUAAGACGUUUCUGAGGCAUCGCAGGACUAUGUUAAAGAGUUUUGUACUGUUGGUUCAGUUUAUUGAAGCUAUUGUGGUGCUAAUCAGGCAAACCUCUCAUGUACGCGUUACAAGAGCAUUGCGACCUAUUUUUUUAGUGGACUGCAGAUAUUGUGGGGCUGUCCGAAGGAACCUGCGUCAGAUUUUCCAGUCUCUGCCGCCUUUUAUAGAUAUUCUGCUUCUCCUCUUAUUCUUCAUGGUUAUUUUUGCCAUCCUAGGAUUCUACUUGUUUUCUCCUAACCCAUCUGAUCCGUAUUUCAGCACACUUGAGAAUAGUCUGGUCAGUCUGUUUGUUCUCUUGACAACUGCCAAUUUUCCUGAUGUCAUGAUGCCAGCCUAUUCCCGCAAUCGAUGGUCCUGCGUCUUUUUCAUUGUGUACUUGUCUAUUGAGCUAUAUUUCAUCAUGAAUCUGCUUCUGGCGGUUGUGUUUGACACAUUCAAUGACAUUGAGAAAAAGAAGUUCAAGUCUCUUCUUCUGCACAAGCGUACAGCUACACAGCACAGCUUCCAGCUGCUGCUCAACCCACAGGGCCCCGCAGGAAUUUCUUUCAGACAGUUUGAUGGAAUGAUGAGAUACUACAAACCCCGUAUGUCAACUCGUGAUCGAUACCUAUGCUUUAGGGCUCUGAAACAGAAUAGGACAGAUAAUCUGAGUCUAAAAGAAUUGUACCAUUUUUAUGAAGUGGUGGACUUGAAGUGGAAGGUGCAACGCAUUCGUGAGCACUGGUUUGAUGACUUGCCUCCUACUGCACUUCUUAUCUUUAAAGGUAUUAACGUUUUGGCAAAUUCCAGAGUAUUUCAGUACGCUGUAUAUGCUGUAGUAGCUGUUAAUGGUUUCUGGAUUUUAAUUGAGACCUUUAUGGUAAAAGGUGGCAACUUCUUUCCUCAAGGUGUUCCCUGGAGCUAUAUUGUCUUUCUCACAAUAUAUGGGGCAGAGGUUCUUUUGAAGGUGACUGGGUUGGGUCCACUGGAAUACUUCACAUCAGGAUGGAAUCUGUUUGACUUCUCAGUGACAAUGCUGGCCUUACUGGGACUUUUGGCUUUGGCCUUUGACAUGAAGCCUUUCUACUUUAUUGUAGUCCUCAGACCACUUCAGCUGCUCAGGCUUUUUAAAUUGAAGAAGCGUUACAGGACAGUGCUAGACACCAUGCUGGAGUUACUGCCAAGGAUGGCCAGCCUGGGACUUACACUGCUUAUUUUCUACUAUUCCUUUUCCAUCGUGGGGAUGGAAUUUUUCUCUGGGGUGCUUUUCCCGAAUUGUUGCAGGUCUAGUACUGUGGCGGAGUCUUAUCGUCUGCUGAACAACACUGUGGGCAACGAAACACAGAAAGAAGGUUACUACUACCUAAACAACUUUGACAAUAUCCUUUUCAGCUUUGUGACUUUAUUUGAGCUGACUGUGGUGAACAAUUGGUACAUCAUCAUGGAAGGAGUCACAUCAGAGACUUCACACUGGGCCCGACUUUACUUCAUGGUGUUUUAUAUCGUCACCAUGGUCGUAUUAACCAUUAUUGUUGCCUGCAUUUUGGAUGCUUUUGUUUUCCGAAUGAAUUACUGCAGGAAGAACAAAGAUGUGGAAGAUGAGAAAGGGAUCACUUUAGAGAUGGAGGUUGGAAGAGAAGAGCUGACAAUGAUUCUCAGACACGCACAAAAUGGUGAGGAGAAAACCCAAGUGCGAAAACUGCUCUCUCACUUACAGUCUAACCAGGUUGCUUCUGUGCUGUUUGUGGGCAGAAGAUCUCAAACCAAGAGUGACCUUAGCAUAAAGAUGUAUGAGGAAGAAAUUCAGGAAUGGUACAAGGAACAUGCUCAGGCCCAGGGAAAGAAGAUGGUAGAGCUUCAGCCUACCGAGGGGGUCCUGCGUCCGCGUUCCAGUACUGUUAAUUGAGUGGAUCCACCACCUACUUGUCGUAUGACUAUGCAAUGGUGUCAGUAUUAAUAUUUAAUCUUUGCUCUGAGAGCUAGUAACCAGGAUGAUAUACUAGGGAAGAUCAGAACAUGCCUAUAGAGAUGAGCGAACUUACAGUAAAUUUGAUUC